AUGGCACCCUAUGAAUUCAAAUAUGAAACCAAGGAAUCCUCUCCCGACAGUGAAUUCUUGUUUCCAUUAGGAUUGCCAAGUUUGCAAUCUUCCGAAGGAUCAUCCUCUACUGUUUCUUCCUCCGAUUCGAACAAUGCCUCUCCAGUAGCAUCAUCGGCCAUUCACAAUUGGCCAAAACGAAGGGAACCUCCCAAUACGUAUACCUCACAUCGAGGAGGAGGUAGCAGCCACAAGACGAAUGCUACCACGACUAUGAAUCCUCCCGCAUCCUUACUACGGAUAUCCAAAGAACAACAACUAUUAGAAAAGCUGCUGGAGGAUGACGAUGAUGAUGAAGAUGACGACGACGACGAAAACAGUAUUCGACAAGAUGAUAGUACCAAAAAAUCUAGCAGGAGCAGUACGCCGAGUGCAAGUUUGAAUUAUUCGGCUGGUGCUGGUGCUGGUGCUGGUGCUGGUGCUGAAAGAAUAACAUCCAGCAGCAGCAUGGAUGGAAACCACCAUUCUCAUUAUAAUAAUGAUAGUACUACUAGUACUACUACUAGUACUGGUACUACUACUGAUCGAACGACGCGACUCAAGGAUGUCUUUUCCUGUGCGAGGCCCAUUAAUGGAUAUCCAACUGCUGUCACGGGAGUCAUGGAUUAUUCCUCUUCCUUGCUCGUCAAGAACAAUAUGGAAGGGUUUUUGGAUGGAUUGGUCAAUGGAUUUUGGCAAUGUCCUGGUGGUAUGGAUAUGGAUGAUGGGAGUACUGCUACGAGUACUACCUUUGUCAGUAGUACGGCGAGUAGCAUUAGCGGCAGAGGUCGACAAUCUUGCAAAAACGUUUUGGACGCCCUGACGGAAUCGACCCAACGAAUGGAUUUUCGAUUCGUGUCACAACAGCCACAACAACAACCACAACCACAGCAAAGCAGACCAUUGAAAGAACAACGGUUCUUCUCCUCCUCUUCCUAUCCCAAUGAUACUGAUGCUGCUGAUGAAAUACCUCCACUUCCAUCCACAUCAUCAUCUUCUUAUUCUCCCAGAAAAUCUUCUUCUUCUUCUGCUGCUGCGGCGAAAAAGGCAGUCGGCAAAAUGUUCAAACGCAUUCGUGUCAAACGAGGGGAGAACAUUGGUAUGGAACUCUUUGAAUAUGCCAAGAGUGUGUACAUCUCGAGAGUGGCCAAGGAUGGAACUGGUCUAAAACGUGGAAUGCGCAUCAUUGCCAUUAACGAUCAUCCCUGUCCCGACUCGGUUCAGGAAGCCAUUGCAUUGUUAAGUGCAAGGACCGACCACUAUGAAGAUUAUGUUACCUUUGUGACGGGCGAAGAAUAUGAUUUUGAAAAUGCCCCUUCGGUGGUCAAUGGUGCUGGAGAGCAAGAUAACCAUUCUACUGCUACUACUGCUACUACUACCACUGGCGGUGACAGUUACAGCAUAAGGUCCAGCACGGGGUAUGUAUAA